AGCGCUGCCCUGUUGGCCGUCUCAACCAAUGCUCAGCUGUGGGAUAAGACGAUUCAGACCACUUAUGGUCCCGUCAAGGGCUUCGAGUACUUCAACUCAAGCACAACCGAAAAGUACUUCAACACAUCGACUAGCAGCGUUACGGCAUACCUGGGCAUCCCCUUUGCAGCCGACACUGGCUAUCAGAAUCGAUGGAAGCCACCACAGCCCCAUGAACCAUGGAAUGAAACGCUGCUGGCGACCUCGUUCGGUCCCGCAUGCCCUAGCCCAAAGAACCCCACGUCGAGCGAGGAUUGUUUGAGCCUCAACAUCUGGACCAACGCCAACUCUUCCAGCGACAACUUGCCCGUCCUGGUGUGGAACCAGGGCAGCGGCCUUUCCAGCGACAAUCCAUGGUGGUACGGUGGUGGCAUGGCUAUGAGAGACGUUGUCUUCAUUUCCUUUAACCGUCGUGACGACGCCUUUGGCUACCUUGCCCAUCCUGAUCUCAACGCCGAAGGUCUUGCGCGUGAUGGCUUUAAUACGUCGGGUAACUACGGCGUGCUAGAUUUCCUCGAAGUACUCAAGUGGGUGCAGGGCAAUAUUGCCAACUUUGGAGGGGACCUGGAGCGUGUCACUAUUGCUGGCGAAUCCUUCGGCUCCUCUCAAGUCUACCACGCCGUUAACAGCGAGCUCUUCUCGGGCCUCUUCUCCGGUGCAAUCUCCCAGUCUGGCAUCCGCUACCCUUAUGACACCCUUUUGGCUGGCCUUGCGACUUCAUACGUCACCAUGGACGACGCUUUGUUCCAUGGACAAAACUACACGGCGUUCCAUAACGCGUCGAGCAUUGCCGAGAUGCGUGAGCUGUCGAUGGAGGAGCUUCUCGUUGGCUCCGACGUGAGAUUGAACGGCACCUGGAUCUGGUGGGUAACGGCGCUAUCG